GCUGCUCUUCCUCAAGACCUCCUAUGGCGUCUUCACCAAAACCCUCUUUUCUUAACCAUCAAGCAAUCAUUACUCGCUCUUAAUUUCAAUUCCCAUUUAUGCGACAAACCACGAAACACCACAUUUUUAAUUAAGUGCCGUCGAGAUUAUGGCAAAAAAGUGUGCAUCAGGGAUUCUAGCCUCGCUAACCUACGCUGCUUUCGGCGUCGACGAAGCCCACGCAGAUGGGCAUUUCAGCUUUUCGCCAUUCUCUUAUUCAACGGCUGAGGGGGAGGCUCCGGAGCCGGCUCAGCCGCCGGCAGACGAGCCGCAACUGGUUCGCAAUAAUAACCCGAGGACGACGUCAGCCGGGUUCGACCCGGAGGCCUUGGAGAGGGGUGUUGAGGCUUUGAAGGAGAUUACUAGUUCUCAACAUGCUAAGAAGGUGUUUGAGGUGAUGAAGAAGCGAGAAGAUACAAAACAGCAAGAAUUAAGCUCAAAAGCUAUGGAGUUCAAGGCAAUUCAAGCUCAAGCUGACACUGAGAAACAAGCAAUAGUCUAUGAUGAACAGAAAAAGCUAACUCAACAAAAAGCACAAAUAAAAUCACAGAUGGCUAGAUAUGAAGAUGAAUUGGCCAAGAAAAGAAUGCAGGCAGAGAAUGAACAUCAAAGGGGUAGAAAUCAAGAACUUGUAAAAAUGCAAGAGGAAUCGGCUCUGAGGCAAGAGGCUGCUAGACGAGCAAGUGAAGAACAGAUUCAAGCACAGCGUCGUCAGACUGAAAGAGAGAAGGCUGAGAUAGAACGUGAAACUAUUAGGGUCAGGGCUAUGGCAGAAGCAGAGGGAAGAGCCCAUGAGGCCAAGCUUGGAGAGGAUGUCAGCAGACGAAUGCUAGUUGAACGUGCAAAUGCAGAGCGAGAGAAAUGGGUUGCUACUAUUAACACCGCAUUUGAUCACAUUGGAGGAGGGUUACGGGCUAUUUUAACAGAUCAGAAUAAGAUGGUUGUAGCGGUUGGAGGGGUAACAGCUCUAGCAGCAGGCAUCUACACGACAAGAGAAGGUGCUAGGGUGGUUUGGAGUUACGUGGAUCGAAUAUUAGGACAACCAUCUUUGAUCCGAGAAUCUUCCCGUGGUAAAUACCCAUGGUCUGGGCUGUUUUCACGCGGCAUAAGCACCCUUUACCGAGGUGGUAAUGCAGGUUCUGGCUCACAAAGCAGAAAAGGUUUUGGAGAUGUUAUCUUACAUCCUCGCCUCCAGAAACGGAUUGAGCAUUUGGCUAGUUCAACUGCACAUACAAAAGUUCAUAAGGCACCAUAUAGAAACAUGCUUUUCUAUGGACCACCAGGAACAGGGAAGACGAUGGCUGCUAGGGAGCUUGCCCGCAAAUCUGGGCUCGACUAUGCACUGAUGACUGGAGGUGAUGUUGCGCCACUGGGCUCUCAAGCUGUUACCAAGAUACACCAGAUGUUCGAUUGGGCCAAGAAAUCUAACAAGGGUUUGUUGCUUUUCAUUGAUGAAGCAGAUGCCUUCUUGUGCGAGCGGAAUAAAACCUACAUGAGUGAAGCUCAGAGGAGCGCGCUGAAUGCCCUUCUGUUCCGUACGGGUGACCAGUCCAAGGAUAUAGUCCUCGCUCUUGCAACGAACCGCCCUGGUGAUCUCGAUUCAGCUGUUUCAGAUCGUAUUGAUGAAGUCCUAGAAUUCCCUUUGCCUGGUGAAGAUGAGCGUUUCAAGCUGCUUAACUUGUACCUGGACAAGUACAUAGCACAAGCAGGGGCAAGAAAGCCGGGGCUCUGGGCCAAGUUAUUCAAGAAGCAGCAAAACAGAAUAGAGAUGCAAGGGCUCAACGACGAAAUCAUUAAGGAAGCUGCUGCAAAGACGCAAGGUUUUUCUGGAAGAGAGAUCGCGAAGCUUAUGGCAAGCGUUCAAGCAGCGGUGUACGGUAGUCAGAAUUGCGUGUUGGAUUCCAAUCUGUUUCGCGAGGUGGUAGAUUACAAAGUUGCAGAGCAUUAUCAAAGGAAGAAACUUGCUGGAACUGAAGAGGAACCACUUUUUGCCUAACCAAUUCCACCACUUGAAAUCAAAUAUGAAUCAUAUGCUUCUUUUUCCUCUCAAUGCGAGGAAGUUUUGGUGUAGCUUUAGCAUAGUAUUCGUUAGCCUCAUUGAUUUAAAUACGUUGUUACCACCAAUAGUGAAAUCAUUGAUAUAAUUUUUUCUCA